AUGGACAAGCUCGCAGACCUCGCGCAGUCAAAGGUGCAGGCGUACCUGAACAAGGACGACGACGACAAGCCGUCGCAGCACCAGUCCUCCUCGCAGGGCUACGAGGCUCACGGCGGCAACUAUCCCGCUGGCGGCGGCGCAUUUCCCGACGACGACGAUGACGAUUAUCGACAGGCCGCCCACCAGGCCUCGCGCCACGCAGGUUCCAGCGGCGACGCGGACCUGUUCUCAACUGUAUUGGGCGCCUUGACGCAGAAGAAGGGGCAGUUGGCUAAUGAAGAUAUUGAUGAGGACGAUGCCGUCAAGAAGCACAAGAAGUUCUUUGGCGACGACGACGACGGCGAGAAGGCGGACGACAAGGGCCUUGGUGCCGCGGCCGCGAUGCAGGCGCUCAAGAUGUUCUCGAGCGGCGAGACGGGCGGGCAGAAGCAGAGCCAGGGCGGGUUUAUGGGACUUGCCAUGGCGGAGGCUAGUCGGUUGUUCGACCAGCGCCAGUCGCAGGGCAAGGUCGCAGAGGGCACGAGCAAGGAGUCGGCGAUCCAGCAGGCCGGCGAGAUGGCGCUCAAGAUGUAUUUCAAGAGCCAGGGAGAGCAGAAGGGUGGGUUUAUGGGCUUGGCGUCCAAGUUCCUUACCAAGUGA